UAAUUCUUUUAUAUGCACCAUGGUUACCCUUAUUUUUCUUUAUUCCAUUCUUUAUCCUUAUCCAGAUUUCUCCAUCGACUACUUACUAUAACAAAGAGGUUCCAGAACAGACUUUUGAAUCUACUUCUUUAGAAUCAACCAGACAGAUUAUUUCAACUCCAUCUCAUCCAUCAACAUCCGAAAUUUCAACUUCUUCUCACUUGCCGCCCCUGACAUGCUAUUCUCAUGUUACCUCAUACUCUUCCCAUUCCUCAAAGCCCACUCCUGAUUCAUCUAUGCUUUCACAAAAUAUAAAUACUAAUGACAAUCCAUGCUUGAUGCCAAAGCCUAAGGAGUCUGAUUUCGUCAUAGUGCAUCCUUCUCCCAGUCUUCAAGUAGAGCCAAAAUCAAGUGCAUCCACCAAUCCUAUUGCGUCACCACCUUCUUCACUUGCACCUUCGUCUUCAAUAUCUGUGGAAAAAUCUAUAUUGGAAACGAGAAGAACUGGUCGCUUUCCCGAGCAGUUACCGAAAUCACGUCGUCGUUUUGUUCGCCUAAGUCGACUCGGAACAGUUCAGCCCCCGCCAUCGUCCUCAGUUAUCACGGCCGGCACAAUAGGGACUCUUGCAUAUCCAUUUUCUGCAUCUGGUCGUAAGCUCUCCUGGGAUCCUGAUGCCCAGGCCGAUCUUCUUCCACCUGGUUUAAUACCCGCAUUUGAUCCACACCCUGGCCACUCUAAUGCCCCAGCGACCACUGAAUACUUACUUCGUUUUCCGCCAGUGCCUGGAACUGACAAUGCCUUGUUAAGUCAAAUGAUUCAUGGAACGGCCUCAACCAAUAGACCUAAGUGGAUAAGCUCGACCUGCUCUUUGUCGUAUGGCCGUCUGCGAUCUUUCCGCCCGACUAGUACGGAUAACAGAUUAACAUCCUCA